GGUCUUUGUCUUCCCUCGUCAUAUACCGGACAGAGUCGCAACAUCAACGCGAUCAAGAUACCAGCAUCCUCCCUCUCAUAGCCCAUUACUCUGAGCAACAAAACCCCCGCCAAUAACGACCCCGCGAUAGAGCAUCAACCAUGUCAUCCUUCAUCGUCAAGCUUUGGGAGGACAUUUUUACCCCAGGCCCGACGCCCACCAUCCUCAAGGCCGCGAAUGCCUCCUUUGCCGCUCUCCAGACCGUCUUAUUCUGUCUCCUGCUCGCUACAUACAAUAUCCACUGCGUCAUUCUUUCCAUCCUCUGUGGUGGUUUGUGGUGGAGCGUCAACUGGUUUGCCGCCGAGCUUGCCAUCGCCCAGCGAGAGCAGCGUGAAAAGGAGGAGAAAGAGAAGCAACAACAGAAAGAGGCGUCGGGCAACGAUGGUGAAGACAGUGAGACGGAGGUCGAGACGACUGUCCCGAGCAAGCCGUCUCCCGUCGUCGCUACAACCUCUGACGUUGCUGUAGCUGCUGCUGGAGUCGAGCCUCUUCAGACAAAGGGGGAAGUGAAGCAACGUUCUGGGGCUGCGGGUACACAGUCAAGUGUCAGUACGGAGGACGAGUGGGAGAAGGUAUCUGAAGCUGAGAAUGAGAAGGACAAAUAGAAUCACUGUAUACACGGGUCAAGGGACACGAAUUCAGACCAUGAGGUAGGAUGGUAUGGAUGCGUUAGUGAUUGCAGAGAAAGAGACGACUCUGGAGGAGGAUACCCCUUGCGACAUCUGUGAUUUCUGGCGUGUAUGUGCUUAGCGUAGUCACAUCUUUCUAUCUUAGAUAUCAAUUAGAGCCGAACUAUGGUGAUGAACUCCACGUCACGUAUGUC